AAAUAUAUUAUUGUCAAAGUGUAUACUUAUACAUAUAAAAUGCCACCCAAAAUUGACAUUGAGCCUCCACCUUCCACCUUAUUUUUCUUGUCUCGAGAGCUACAUUUCCCUAUUACACUUUUCAGUGUUCCUCUUAUAACAUCUCUUCUUUCUGCUUUAUCUUCUUCAUCAGCACUCUUCCACUAGCUUCUACUAAUCUUCUUGAAAAUACUCGGGGAAAAGUAGUAGCUUCAUAUCUUACUUGUUAGAUCUUGGCACAAUCAUGGCUGCUUUUGUACUGUCUUUUAUACUGCUGUUAGCUUUCACUAGUUAUUCAAGUGGUGCUAACUACUGUGUGUGUAAAGAUGGGGUUGGGGACCAAGUUAUGCAGAAAAAUAUAGACUAUGCUUGUGGAAAUGGAGCUGAUUGUACUGGUAUCCUUCAAAAUGGACCUUGCUACAACCCCAACACUAUCAAAGAUCACUGUUCUUAUGCUGUAAAUAGCUAUUAUCAGAGGAAGUCUGCAACUGGUGCUACUUGUGACUUCACUGGAAGUGCAACUUUAACUGCAACUCCUCCAUCUUCCUCUAAUGCUGCAUGUUACCAGACCACAGGAGGCAACACUGGUACCACAACCCCAACUACACCAGGAACCACAACAAAUCCAGGGAUUGGAACUGGGACCGGCACCGGAACAGGCACCGGCACCGGCACCGGCACUGGAACAGGCACAGGCACAGGAACUAAUACAGGUAUUACCAAUCCAGCUUUUGGUCUAGGACCAGCAGGAAAUGGUGGCUUCAACCCAGAUGGCAGCGGCUCGGUUACUCUUCAUCAAAACAAAGUUCUUUUCACCAUAGCACUUUUGUUAACCAGCAGCUUGGUAGUAGUAUGCGUAAGAGUUUAUUAAGAAAAGUCUGAAUGUGAGGCAGUGAAUGAAAGAAGAUAAUGAACUUUUGGCACAAAGUAUGGGUAAUGGGGGUAGCAUUUUUCAAUGGUCAGCAGGGGGGAGAAUCAUCUGGACACACUUCCACUUGGGCUACUAUUUCUUUUGUUAUUUUCUUCUUGUUCUUUAUCUCCAUUUUGAGUGGACAAAGUUGGAAUCAGAUUCCUUGUUGAAAUGGAGAUGUGGCUGUUUCUGGGGUAGUAAUAUGUACUAGUAAUGUAGAAGAAUCUGAUCUCUUCUUCUUUUAGGAUUUUCCUUUUUGUAUAUCUAGAGAAGUAGAGACAUGAAUGAGAAGCCUGUAUUUUUUUAUUUUAGACAUUUUAUCAAUGAGUACUUGCUACCCUACUCUCACCA